CACAAACAUCAGCAACGGCUACGCACCAGAAAUCAUUUUCUAAAAGUCGACAACCGCCAAGGGGAAGAAAAUUUGUGUCAUGUUUUCCCGCAGGUGGAGGUUUGGCUGGGACAGGUACAGUGAGGUGGACCUCUUCACAGACCGCCAUGAGACCAGUGCAGAGACCCUGUCCCAGGCCAUCAGAGCUGCAGCGUCUGAGGAGCCGGACUCGGACGGCAGUGUGCUGUUUGGCCAUCUUAAGGGCACUGUGGUCGGCCUCAGAUAUUACACAGGGGUGGUGAUUCUAGGGGAAAUGGUCGGUUUGGUGCGACAGCCUCAGAAUCCAUAUGACCGCAAUGCAGUGAUGGUCAGCAACAUUUAUGGCAACCAAGUGGGUCAUAUAAAGCGGGAGCUGGCAGCAGCUUUGGCCUACGUCAUGGACAACAAUUUGGCUAAGGUAGAGGGGGUGGUGCACUCAGGGACGAAAAACUUGUUCAACAUGCCGGUGAUGCUGUCCUUCUGGGGGAAGGAAGAGAACAAAAAUGCUGUGAUUGAAUCCAUGGCACGUCACGGAUUUAAACUGAACAGCAAACCAACAGGUGCGAAUGAGAAAUCAUAUAAAAGUCAAGGUGCUUGGGCAUCGCCAUCUAAAAAGGGUUUGACCAUCCCACUAACCGCACAGGAGCUAAAGAAUGCUUUUGACAACCUUUUUGAGGACUUGAUGGAGAGUAAAGAUGGAGAGAAAGAAGCAGCCGAGUGUGUGGGAACUCCUCUCCUGCCUCACCAGAAGCAGGCGCUGUCCUGGAUGUGUGCUCGAGAAAACAAAUCUGUACUUCCACCCUUCUGGGAGAAGAGAGGCGAGCUGUACUAUAACAGCCUCACAUGUUUCUCUGCCAAAGAAAUACCAGAGAGAGUUCGUGGGGGAAUACUGGCAGAUGACAUGGGACUGGGGAAAACUCUGACAACCAUCGCUCUGAUCCUCACCAACUUCCACAAAGGAAAGCCGCUGCCUGUGGAGAAAUGUGAGGAGCAGUCUUUACCCCUCAAAACCAAAACUAAACCACAGAUGACCUCCAAACUAGAAGGAAGCAGCCGUGCAGGUGAUGGAGCAGGAGUGAGUGAUGCAGAAGCUGGUUCUCUAUGCUCAGACGUUCCUCAGGUGGAGGUGAUCUCUGUUGAUUCGCCUGACGUUGUGGAGAUAGUGGACACGUCAGAUAAAAGUACAAAGAAAGGAAAGAUGAAAGCCACCAAGCGAAAACCCAGUAAAGAUGCCCCAGUAUUGCUGGAGGAUCUGGACUUUGCUGCAGCACUGGGUGGCUCAGCAUCAGAUACAAGCUCAAAGAAGAAGAAAACUGCAAAGAAGGCCACUCCCACACCUAGUGCAGAAUCCUCCAUCCCUGAAAGUGCAGAUGACUUAUCAGCUAGAGCGACUCUCAUCAUCUCCCCACUGUCUGUGCUCAGCAACUGGCUGGACCAGUUUGAGCAGCAUGUGUGCGCUAACGUGAAGCUAAACGUGUACCUGUAUUACGGCUCAGAGCGUAACAGGAGCAAGACCUUUCUAUCCUCUCAGGAUGUGGUGAUCACCACCUACAACGUCCUCUCUGCCGACUUUGGGAAUAAGAGUCCCCUCCAUGGGAUCAAUUGGCUGAGAGUUGUGCUGGACGAAGGACACAUCAUAAGAAACCCCAAUGCACAAAUGAGUAAGGCAGUGCUCGACCUAAAAGCUCAGCGCCGUUGGAUUUUAUCAGGUACUCCUAUCCAGAACAGUGUGAAGGACCUGUGGAUGCUGCUGGCCUUCCUGCGUCUGAAGCCCUUUGAUGUGAGAGAGUGGUGGAAUAGAGUGAUCCAGAGACCCGUUACUCAAGGAGACAGGGCCGGCCUGCAAAACCUUCAGACCCUGGUGAAGUGCAUCACCCUGCGGAGGACGAAGAGCAGUGAGGUGAAUGGGCGCCCCCUGGUGUCUCUGCCUGAGAAGACAGUAUGUGUGGAGCAGGUCGAGCUGAGCCAGCCAGAGAGAGAGGAGUACGAGCUGGCACGCAAUGAGGGAAGAAAUACCAUCGGCAGAUACAUAGCUGAAGGGUCAGUCUUGAGGAAUUAUGCAGAUGUGCUGGUUAUCCUUAUGAGGCUUCGACAGCUCUGCUGCCACCCUGAUCUGCUGGCAAAAACAUCCUCUGACCUGGCCGCUGCAGCAACGCCUGCAGAGCUGCGAGAGCGUCUGAUAGAGAAGCUGCGGUCGGUGUUGGCAAGCGGCUCUGACGAAGAGUGCUCUGUGUGUCUGGACUCAGUCCGUCUGCCCGUCAUUACACACUGUGCCCACGUUUACUGCCGGCCAUGCAUCGUCCAAGUUAUCAGCACCGAGCAGGAAGUGGCGCGCUGUCCUCUCUGUCGAAGCGAGAUCAAGUCCAGUGAACUGGUGGAGUUUCCACAGGAGGAAAUCGAGGAAGAGAACAGUACAGACUCUGAGAAGUGCAGGAGAAGCUCGAAGGUGCAGGCGCUGAUGGGAAACUUGCUCAGGCUGCGAUGUGAAGACAGCAGCAUUAAGUGUUUGAUCGUCUCUCAGUUUACACGCUUCCUCACCAUACUAGAGAGUCCACUCAGAGAGCAUGGUUUCAGUUUUGUGCGUUUGGACGGCACCAUGAGCCAGAAGAGGAGGACUCAAGUCAUCCAGGAGUUUCAGAGCUCUGCAGCUCACAGCCCUGUUAUCAUGCUUCUGUCACUCAAAGCUGGAGGGGUGGGGCUUAACUUGACCGCCGCCUCUCAUGUUUUCCUCAUGGACCCUGCAUGGAAUCCUGCAACUGAGGAGCAGUGCAUCGACCGUUGCCACCGUCUGGGACAGACAAGGAAAGUCGUCGUCACCAAGUUCAUUGUAAAAGGUUCAGUGGAGGAGAGCAUGGUGAAGAUCCAGAGGCAGAAGCAGGACCUGGUGGAGAAGGCUUUUGGCUCCACGAACACAGAUAGGAAAACAACUCGCAUUGAGGACAUCAAAGCUCUGAUGGAGCUGUAGAUGUCCAACAGUGGAUCUGAACUGCUGUAUAAACAUGGAAACAACAAACAUUGAGUGGUAUUUGAACUGUACUGCCAGUUGACAGUUCUUUUUUUGGGGUCUCGCAGUUCACAUCUGAUGGUUUGCAGUGUUUUUCACACAUUGUCAAUGUUUUUUGUGUUAGUUUACAUUUUUAUUUUUUAGAUCAUUAAUGUUCUAAAUUCUGUUAUUUCUACUGAAGGAUUCAUGUUUUGAUACAGAUUCAUUUUCAGAAAGCACCAUAGGGAAAUCUUUCAUUUUUGUUCAGGUAUGAUCCGUAGGACCUGAUGAGGAUUUUGUUAAACGUUAAUACCAUGGGAUGAAGACUGGGUAGAAAUACCCACCUGGUGUAGCAGCUUAAUUCUUGAGUUGUUAAUAAGCCACAUUUAACAGCCAAGAAGAUUUAAGAUGUUCUCUGUUGGAUUUGUUUUUCCAACCAUCUCUGGAUUAAAGAAAUGCAGACUGA